AGCGAACCGAGCCAAGGGAGCCGAGCCGAGCCAUGCUGUCGUCUGCGGCCGUGUUCCCGGGCCCCGGCGGGGACCUGGCGCUGCAGCCUCGCUGCGACGCGGGCCCCCUGCAGCAGCGCUUCUCGCCCUACGCCUUCAACGGAGGCACUGUAUUGGCAAUUGCUGGAGAAGAUUUUUCGAUUGUUGCCUCUGAUACACGGUUGAGUGAAGGAUUUUCGAUUCAUACACGGGACAGCCCCAAAUGUUAUAAAUUAACAGACAAAACAGUCAUUGGAUGCAGUGGUUUUCAUGGAGACUGUCUUACCCUGACAAAGAUUAUUGAAGCAAGAUUAAAGAUGUAUAAACAUUCCAAUAAUAAGGCCAUGACUACAGGGGCAAUCGCUGCAAUGCUGUCUACAAUUCUUUAUUCAAGACGCUUCUUUCCAUACUACGUUUACAAUAUCAUCGGAGGUCUAGAUGAAGAAGGGAAGGGAGCUGUCUACAGCUUUGAUCCUGUGGGGUCCUACCAGAGAGAUUCCUUCAAGGCGGGGGGCUCAGCAAGUGCCAUGCUGCAGCCUCUGCUGGACAACCAGGUUGGUUUUAAGAACAUGCAAAACGUGGAGCAUGUCCCACUCUCCUUGGACAGAGCCAUGAGGCUGGUGAAAGACGUCUUCAUUUCUGCCGCUGAGAGGGACGUGUACACUGGGGAUGCUCUGCGGAUCUGCGUCGUGACCAAAGAAGGCAUCCGGGAAGAGACCGUCCCCCUCAGGAAAGAUUGAACUUUGUUGUGUUCCCACUCACUGGAGUAGGUUGGUUUUGUACCUUGGGACUAUCUGGCUAAUUUGUCUCAUUAAAAAAUAAAAUCCAAAGCACUCGUUUCACUAAAA